AGAUGUGCUACUCUUUGUCUUCUGCGAUCUUCCGUGCGUUCAGCUGUGCUUUUGCCAAAGGAGACCUGUGUGCAGAGGACUUCGCUGCUAAAAAGCAGAAGAGUGCGCGGCGUGUGUAGCUCAGUGGCAUUUCGGGACUCGGUCUUGCGUCGUUCGCGACUGGACGUCGUCGUCUGUGAGAGCGUCAAACUAGGGAGAAGGGGCGGGCCAGAGCGUUCGGAAAAUUAUCUGCAAAGCCCAGGUCCCGUAUGAUAUUCAAAAAAGAUGGCGCCGUCAGCAUCGCAUCCGCCGGGAGCUUGUCCACCGGGAUGUACCAAGCAUCCUGCUACUGCGACAGCCAUUUCCCCGAGUGGAGUGUGUCCCAUGCGUGCGUUCCAUCCCGCGGGGCCUCACUCACAUUUCUCAUGUUACGAUGAUCUCAGAAAUAGGCUGAGUCACGACAAAAAUGUUCGACCGGUCGCCUCUCAACAGCUAGACUAUUUGGAUGAAGUAAGCCCGUUUGCUCUGGCGUACUACCCUCCCCCGUUUUGGGGUGGAGUCGGUCUUAAUCCCAUCGACGAUAUGUUGUUCGAGACGGCCCUCACCGCAAACGAAAUGAUGGAGGACAUCACGUGGAGACCCAGAGUCGACGUGGAGUUCGACAGCAAAAAGAAGGAAAUGAUUAUUUUGGCUGACUUGCCAGGUCUUCAGAAAGAUGACGUAACCAUAGAAGUCGACAACGGAGCCAUCGUUAUCAAAGGAGAGAAGACCUCGAAAGAAGCGGAGAAAGUGGACGAUGGCAAAACAAAGAACAUUUUGACUGAGCGAGUGUCCGGUUAUUUUGCGCGCCGGUUCCAGCUCCCGAGUAAUUACAAGCCCGACGGAAUCAGUGCGGCAAUGGACAACGGCGUUCUACGUGUCACGAUCAAGGUCGAGGAUUCAGGGGGCGCAAAGCAACAAAUCAGCGUGAAGUAGAGGCAGCGAUGCCGUUCGUGGGGCAGGGGAACACGGAGGAACCUCAUGAAAAUGUAAAGGUGUGGGAGAACUGUUGACAGUGCAAGAUAAUAAAUAGUACGAGUAGGAUUGCAAAGAAGACCUCCCGUUUGCUGGCGCCAGCCGAGAAAACCUGGUUGAUGGGCAGCCUCAUGCGUGACGGUUUUUCUUUAGAGGACUUGUCCGUCGAGGUAGUGCGUAUCGCGUGUCUGCGGUUUAUCGUCGCAGCGCGUAUCCAGAAACCUAGCGUUCAACGGUUCAAGACCGUAAGCGAAUUAGAGUUGAAUAGGUGUGUUAUAACC